AUGACGUGUCACUGGCAACAUCCAGUCAACUACACCAACAAGGACACAGUGCAUGUCACAUGUUUCUACACAGUCAGACACAGCAAUCUGACGUACCAGUGUCCAAAGGAAAGCUACAAUGGAUGCACCUUUAGUCACGGGGAGUUCAUGUCUACGGACUACGUGCUUCAGGUUUCUGUAAGAAAUACCAGAACAGCACGGACUGCCUCGGCAAUUUUUGCAGUUGAUACUUCCCGUUUAGUAAAACCUGCACCAGUGGAGCACCUGAUUGCCAUAGAGGAUCCGAGAGGAUCUGGAUGUUUCAGUGUGUUCUGGACACACUCAAGAAAAUUUCAUCCUAAGGUUUACAGAAUCCAACAUCAAAUCGUGGGGCAGACACAGAUGUCUGUUUUGUCGGCGGCCACCAAUGAGACAAAACUGACCAGUUGUGGACACUCGCCUUACACUCAUCAUCGGUUUUCUGUGACCUGUUUUCCAGCAUCCAUAUGGUCGGGGAACUGGAGUGACCCAGUUUUCACUGAUGCCUGGACGUCAAUGACAGCGCCAGGCCUGGGUCCUCAAGUCACCAAUGGCAGCUUCACCAGCGCUGAGUGUCUUGUGGCAACCAGACACGUGACUGUCAUGUGGCAG